AUGCCUGGUAGUGGUCCUAAGAAUUAUCCUUGUACACUCUGCAAGAAGCGGACAAAGCCAGAUGAAAGGAGACCAGUGAAUAAAGACACCAGGAAAAUUCUACGAAAAUGUUUUAUGAUAGACUGUGCAGAUGGUGUUUUAUGCAGAAAAUGUCGACACAAGUGUGGUAAUUUAAAACCAACAUCAUCUCGUACAGAGAAGUCGUGUGUCCCACCCUGUGCAACUCCCAUAAAGAGUCCUGUGGGAAAAAGUGCUCGUUGUUGUCCAGUCCACAUUGUAAAUGACACCAUCAACACAGAGUCAAUAGAAAAUCUGGUUCCACCCAAAGAUACACGUUUUGUCAACAGGACUACUAUCAUGGAACUUGUAGAACAACUUAAAGAAGAGGCCCUACAAAGAGGAUCCAAGAGAAUAGAUUUUGAUGACCCUUCAUCAUUGUCAGACAGGGACUAUCUCACUUUGACUGGGCUUAGGAAGUUCGACUUUGAUGACUUGCUAUUGCAUGUUCAAUCGGCAGACAUAAGGCGAGCUGUAUCUUCUAAGAGACAAGUUCUGUCCAACAAGUUUGUCCCAAACCACUUGGGUUUUAAACACAUCACCAGAGAUGCUGUGAUAAGUGAGCACACAAGACCUCUUGCCAAGGAACUUUUUUCUCCCACCUUCAACCAAGCCAUAUUGGUCCUUGAUGGAACAUACAUAUAUGUUCAAAAAAGUUCAGUUUUCCUUUCAAAGGCGGUCAUACAACAUCUGUUGAAACCAAUGAUGAUUGUCACCACCAUGGGGGUACAUUGUUUCUGCCAUAGGACCAUAUUUGAUGCCAAAAUCCUCAACCAUAUCAUUGGUACAGACACUGAAGAAAUCAAAACGUGGCUCCAAGAGGAUGACAUUUUGAUAGUGGACAGGGGCUUCAGAGACUCAGCAGGUGUAUUAGCUGAUCUCGGUAUUCAGAUGGAGAUGCCGUCAUUUUUACAAAAAGGGCAUAAGCAACACAAAACUGAAGAUGCCAAUAGUUCUCGGUUGAUUACAAAGAUAAGAUGGGUAGUGGAAUCCGUAAAUGCCAGAAUCAAGACAUGGCGCUACUUGGCAAGACAGCUCCCGAAUUCUCAAAUUCCAUAUGUUGUGGAAUAUGUACGAAUCAUUAGUGCUCUCUGCAACAAAUACAGGCCACCUCUUAGCAGUGGAGAUGAAGAGAAUGGCUUGCAGACAGCUGCAAAGAUGCGUCACCUCUCUACACAGACUAAUCUACUGCAGAUUGAGGUAGAAUCAAAUAAUUUGCAAAAGAAACGAUAUGUCUGGAGAAAGAUCGAUGACGAGAACAUUGAUAUCCCUGACUUUCCCCAAUAUACAGAAGAGGAAAUCCGGGAACUAACUCUUGGAGUUUACCAAGUUAAGUUGGCAAAACAUUACACCCAGGAACACAUGAGCCAAGAAGGACACUCCCGCGUAAAUCUUGAACUAAGCAAGAACUGGUUGGACUCAGUAUGUGAUGCAGCCAUUAUUCCUGAGGUUGCUGAGGUUGUUGAUGAAAGCGACAGUGAGUCUGAAGCCAUGGAGGAAUGA